AUGAAGAAUUUGUUUAAUUCGGCUGACUUGGAAACCGCCAUUCAGAUAACAGGAUAUCAUUUUGAGAAGCCCAUCUUAUUAGAAGGUGUUGACAAUGUAGCCAUUGCGCAUGGCAUAAGAAAUCGAGACAAGCUCCCGGUCGUAGCCAAAUUGUCACACCAACCUCUCCGUUUAGAAAGAGAAUUUCAUAUUGUGCAACGUUUAUACAGACAAUCAUCAGGCAAAGAUCUCCUUUGUAAACCUCUGGAUAAAAUCACCUUGUCGCAUGAUGGCUUGAUUGCCUUUAUUUACGAGGAUUCUUGCAACAAUCUACUGGACAAGUACCAACCCAACGGUACUCCUGAGUUUCUGAAUCAACAAAACCUCGCUGCUGCCGUGGAUCAUAUCCCUCAUGUCGUCAUGACGGAAUUAUUUAUAUCAAUUCAGCAAUUCCUCGACUUUGCUAUCCAAUGUUGCGAUUGCUUGGAAAUGAUUCAUAAGCACCAGAUUGUUCAUGGCGAGAUCAAGCUGAAUGCAUUUCUAUGGCCAGAGGGGAACACUGUCAAAAUCUGGAAUUUUGGAUCUGGAUCCCGAAGCCUUGAGCAAAGCCUGACAUCUGAAGGUUGGCGGAAAACAGUGCAGCGAAAUGGAGCCAACAAUUUCCUGCAGAUGCUGAUCUACAUGUCUCCGGAACAAACUGGACGCACAACAUUUCAACCUGAUCAUCGCACCGAUCUUUACAGUCUUGGUAUCACCUUCUUUGUGGCAUUGACGCAAUCAUUGCCAUUUGCUCAUAGUAGUCCUAUGGAAAUUGUACAUAAUGUCCUGAACAAGAAAUUACCCUCUGUGCAUGAGGUCCGCCCUGAGACGCCUGUGGUCAUCUCCAUGAUUAUUGAGAAACUGACUAAUAAGUCUCCUGAUGAAAGAUACACCAGUGCUCAUGGAUUGAGAGAGGAUUUGAAAGAGUGUCAAAAGCAACUGCAGCAUGGAAACAGCAUUUUAAAGCCAUUUCCAUUGGGCAAAUUCGACAUCGCUAGUAUAUUCACAUUACCAAACAACGGCUGCUUUGGACGAACACGAGAGCUCAGUCUGAUCAGCACCAUCAUUCGACGCACUGCCUACAUGUGUGGCUUCAACAUUCGCCGACGUAGAUCAAACGAAAUCACAACAACUGCCGCUGCAGCGGCCGUUUUCACGCCGCUCAAAUUGGCUACGGAAGAGCAAUCGCCUGCCUAUAAACGUGUGCAUAAUAGAAACGAGGCGUUGAACGGCAAAAGUAGCAACAAAGUGCACAGCAAUCGAAAGAGACCUACAGAGAUUAUUGCCAUCUAUGGCAAUACAGGUGUUGGUAAAUCGACACUUGUCAGAAACGUCCAACAAUUUGCUAGAGAAUACGGAUACAUUGCGAUUGCCAAGUUUGAUACUCGGCAGCCCACACCUUAUGGAUGCAUUUUACGGUGCCUAUCCAUCUUUCUGAAAAACAUCCUGACAGAACCCGCAUCGGAAAUCGAGCGAUUCAGACGCAUGUUAAAAGAGCAACUGGGAGCAGAGACCAUCUCUCAGUUACCGACACUGUUGGUGGACAAUAUACCUGAGUUGGCUUCUUUUCUGGAUCAGCCAUUACUGCAACGCGUGCCCAGCACCAACAGCAAUGCAUCGAGCGGUUGUGAAUGUGAUAUGGAAGGCGGCGAAAUCAAGCUACGGUUUCAUUCUGCAUUCAUCGAGAUUUUUCAAGUCAUGGUCAAUUUCAAGUUUGUCACUUUGUUUCUAGACGAUUUGCAUCAAGCAGAUGAAGCUUCAAUUGAGCUACUGGAUUCGCUCAUUUCAGCCAAACUCAACUUUUUAGUCAUUCUCACCUAUAGAAGGAAUGAAGUUUCUAGCCUCAUUACAAAACUACUACGCAAUGAAAACUCGAUUGUCAGUUACAUCAAAAUCGAGAAUUUGGAUCAGACAGCAUUGAUGGAGCUUGUGAGGACCACGAUGCACCGAUUGGAAGAAAUUGAUCUCGCUUUACUGACACCCUUGGUGGAGUUUAUCUAUAAACGUACGCACGGAAACCCGUUUUACGCCUGCCAACUGUUGAUGACCCUGGAAAAGAAGAAUUUGAUUUAUUUUACCUGGGAAAAGACAAGAUGGGAGUACAACCUGCAAGAAAUCGAUAAAGCGCUGAUAUUGGACAUGCAGGAGGACAACAAUGGUGAUAUGGACAUUGCCUUCUUGGUCAGACGAUUAGAGGAAUUACCGCGGGACGGUAGAAAGUUUCUCAAAUGGGCCUCGUUUAUUGGAAACAACUUUAACUAUGAAACAGUGCGAAAUUUAAUGAUGGAAAACGAGGAUGUAGAGGACAUGGAUAAUGACACUGAAGAAGAGGAAGACGAUUCCGACGACUGUUCGGAUCAAGACACAACGGCUACUGCAACAUCAAAGCCAUUUCCCAAAAUGGUCAUCAGUGGUGGAAAACGCAAAUUUGAUGCUAUCAACGGUCUUCAGUCUGCACUGCAACAAGGCUUCAUCCAGACAUUCAACAAUGAUGAAUUCAAGUUUACGCACGACCGCUAUUCACAAGCAGCCAUGAUGCUGGCUUCGCCUACACAGCAAGAUGUCUUUCAUCUCAAGAUUGCAUCUCAUUUCAUGACCAAGGACAAUGUCGAUAAGUUCUGGGUAGCAGAUCAUGCCAAGGCAGCACUGCAUCUCAUCAAGAACAAAUCCGUCAAAUCCUCCUACAGAAAGGUACUGUCCCAAGCAGGCGAUAAAGCAUUUGAUUCAGGGGCACAUAAACUGGCAUUUAGUUACUACACUGCUGCUCAGGAGCUGCUGACAACCACAGAAGAUCCCUGGGUCGACGGACCCGAUGCUAGAUACGCUGAAACACUGCACCUGUACACGCGUCUUGCUGAAAUCAGCUGGUUUAUGGAUUACGACUUGACACGUGGGUAUUUGACAGCCAUCUUGGAUCAUGCUCAAUCUGCCAUUGAUCGUGCUGCUGCUUACCGAGUGCAGCAUCGAUAUCGAUGGUCUCGUGCCGGCAGUCAAGAAAGUGCUCCCAUCUUGCUGGAAUGCUUGCGAGAACUAGGCGUCAACGAUAUUCAAAUGAACAUGACGGAAUACGACCAAGAGAGACUGUAUGCGGCUACUCGCAAAGAAGUGCUCAAGGUCGGUAUGAAAAAUAUCCUCAAGCUGCCUGUCUGCGAUAGUCGGUUGACUCGUACGCGUUUCUCCAUCAUGGAAGAACUGUGCUUGUGGGCAUACUGGACCAAUGAUAUGCGCGCCAUGCUGUCUGUGGGCUCUCGGUUUGUACUUAAAACGCUCAAGAAUGGCACCACGCCAACGACAGGCGUUGGAUUUGUGUUCUUUGGUAUUGCCGUGAUGCAGCUGUUCAAGGCGUACGAGUUUGCUGAACAAAUCGGUGAGAUUGGUGUUGCUCUUUGUAACAAUUAUGGUGGCAACUCUGAAUCAGGCCGUGCUCGCUAUCUGUAUGCCGCUUUCCUGAGCUCUUGGAAGCACCCCUACCACAAGUCGAUCCCGAUGGCCCGUUUAGCCAUGAAGCAGGGUUUGCUGGGAGGCGACCGCAUCUAUGCAACCUUUGCGCAUUCUUAUAUUGUAGUUGGCAGUUUACUUACUGGCGAAAACAUGGCUGACGUCUUGCGUGAUGCCAAGAACUGUGUGGAAGAAGCAAACAGUCUGGGAGAGACAGUAGGCACCUCCAUCUUGGCCACGACCAUUGUGCGUGUCAUUCUCGCUGUGCAAGGAAAGACAUACUUGUCGCCAGACACCAUCUUUGAGGACAAGGAUUUCAACGAAGCUCAGUUCAUUCAACAAGCCAUGCAAGAGCAUCCUGACUCAGAUAUUCAGCUAUACUACUACUACGCCAUGAAAUCCAUCACGUUGGGCUUCUUUGGGCUCGACAUUGCCUCCAUCAAGCUCAGUUCUCAGCACAUGCACAUGUCAGAUUCGCUGCCAUCCGCUCGUCAUACGCAUCUGAUGUUCUUUUUCAGAUGUAUCAGCUUCAUUCGACUCAUGAAGAGCAAAGAGAUCAGUAUGGACAACAUGGACGAAAUGGAACAGAGUCGCACUCGAUUGGCCAAGUGGGCGCAGCACUCGCACCCCACCAAUCUUCAAAUGCUCAUCACUUGUAUCGACGCAGAGCUCGCUGGGUUGAAUCAUCAACACUUGAAGGCGCAAAAGCUGUACGAUGAGGCCAUCCGUCAAGCCCGUCAAGGCAACUGGCCUUUGGAAGUCGCAGUCAUUCAUGAACUGGCGGGUACCUUUUAUCUGGAAAACGACAUUACAUCCGUAGCUUGUGCUCUGAUCAAGGAAUCUAUUGCUACCUUUCGUCACAUUGGUCUCUUUGGCAAAGCAAAUCAGCUAGAAAACAAGCAUAAAUCGCUGCUCAAGGAGUUUGCUAAGCCUGAACAGGCCAAGGAAGUCGGGAUCCAAACAGAGACAUUCCAAACAAUUGUCAAGCGUGAAUCCAUCAGCGAUCUCACUGUGCCUGAAUCGUGCUCAGCAGACAUGUUCAACUCACAGGCCAACAGCAUCAACAAUACAAGUCCAGAAGAAACGCUACUGACCUUGGAUGUGGUGGAUUUGGCCUCUAUACUCAAGAGUUCGCAAGUCAUCUCGAGCGAAAUGAACUUUGAGCUGCUGAUGAAGCAAAUGCUGGGCAUCAUACUGGAGAACUCGGGCGCCGAAUCAGGUGUCAUCAUUGUCAAGGAAAACACCUCCUUCCUGAUCGUGGGCUGUGGAUCUCAAACAGACGGCUGCGAAAUCUUUAGCAAGCCCAAGAUUUUGUCAGAGGAAGCAGAUUCUAUCAUUACGCGGAUAUCACAUUACGCUAUCCACGCCCAGGAAUCGCUGUUUAUUGUGGAUGUGCAACAAGAUUCUCGGUUUUCGGAUUGCACCACGCAAGCCAAAUCAUGCAUCUGCACACCCAUCAUACACAAAACUGCCAUUGUAGGCUGCAUCUACAUUGAGGGCGCUGUUGGAUCACUGACGUGUCGACACGAGGUGGUGUUGAGGUUGCUAUCACAGCAAAUUGGCAUUUCUGUGACAAACGCUCUCUUGUUCAAGAGUAUCCAAAAGGUCACUUAUGCCAAUGUCAAGAUGAUUGAGAAUCAAAAAGCAGCACUGGAAGAAGCGCGUAAAAGCAAGGAAGCAGCACUGCAUGCUAUGAAGCUCAAGGCUGAUUUCCUGGCCAACAUGUCGCAUGAGUUGCGUACACCCUUCUCUGGGUUCUACGGUAUGAUUUCACUGUUGUCAGAAACCAUCUUGGAUGCAGAACAACAGGACAUUGUGCACACAGCAAAAGAGAGCUGCGAAAUGCUUCUCAAAAUCAUAGACGAUUUGCUCAAUUUCUCUAAGCUGGAGGCUGGUAAAGUAGCAUUGGAUCUUGGCCCCUUGGUGAUAGAAGAAGUGAUUGCGGAUACCAUUGAGAUCCUGAGCUCGCUGUCUGCUCGAAAAGGUCUCGAACUGGCUUACUUUGUGGAUCCCGGCGUCCCUGAUACCAUUAUUACGGACUCCUCUCGACUACGACAAAUCCUGACUAAUUUGCUUGGUAAUGCCAUCAAAUUUACCCAUCAUGGUGGUGUUGUGAUCAAGUGUCAUGUGGACAAGGACGACCCUGAGUUUGCAGACAGCGAUGAAUUUGUGCGCCUCAAGUUUGAAGUCAUUGACACUGGCAUUGGUAUUCGUCUUGAGCAGCAGAGACAGCUAUUUGAGCCCUUUUCUCAGGUGGACGGCAGCACCACGCGCAUGUAUGGCGGCACUGGUCUCGGCCUCAGCAUUUGCCUGCAGCUGGUUCGCUUGAUGAUGGGCGAAGUAGGCGUAAACUCUCAGCCAGAACAAGGAUCCAACUUUUGGUUCACUAUUGUGGCCAACAAACAGCCAAAACGCCUCGAAGAUCCCAACAGCGUCUCAAAGACAACUGCGCUGAAAAUUUCGCUAAGAAAACAGACCAUCUUACUUGCCAGUCAGAACGAUUUGAACGCUCAAAUGAUCCGAUCGUUGCUGAGCGAUUUUGCCAUUAAACUCACUGCGGAUAUGCAUCAAGCUGUGCCCAAGGCACUUCAAGAACACCAUCCCAUUUUGAUUCUCGACAUCCCUGCCAAACCAAACAACUUUAUUGCGCAUCAACUACAGAGUGUAGACGAUGAUCCUGAAUGUGAACUGCAUAUUAUUUUACUGUACACGCCGUCUACUGAGGGCCAUAAACUCGCUGCUGAGGCUACCAAUUCAGCGUCAGAUCGUCGUGGCCGUCUCGUCAAGAUGGCGAAGCCUGUACGCAGAGCCAAACUAUUAAGCAUGUUGGAGCAAGUAUUGGAUCAACAACAACAACGCGCCUCUCCCUUGCCACAGUUGCCUGCGCCUUUGGGAACCCGUAUGAAGGACUAUUUUGAAAAGGAUGAGCUCUUAUGGUACGCUGAAAAGCCAGUGCUCAUUGCUGAAGAUAAUAUGGUGGCUCAGAAACUGCUUCGAAAGCAGUUGGAAAAGAUGGGAUUUCUGGUAGAAAGUGCCAACAAUGGCGAAGACGCUGUGAAGCUUUGGCGUGAAAGACCACCCAAUUAUUUUUGUCUUGGUUUCUUUGAUCAUCAUAUGCCCAAGUGUGAUGGCGUUGAAGCGACCAAGCGUAUUCGUGCUUUUGAAGAAGGCACCAACAGUCGAUUACCUAUUGUAGCUCUCACGGCUGAUAUUCAGAGCUCUGCAAAAGACAUUUGCUUUGACGCAGGCAUGGAUGGCUAUCUCACAAAACCUCUUAUUCCAAAAGACCUGGCUAUUACGCUCCGAAAGCUGAAUUUUGCUAUCCAGAAACAUUAUGAUGAUACACCUGCCUCCUCCACUCCCUCAUCACCACUCUCUUCUGUAUAA